UUGUUAAGGGACUAGCCGAGUAAUAUAAACAGACGUUCCUCGUUCUGUUCCCCUGUUUCCCUUAAAUCUCACUCGGGGCCAGCCCUCAUUGCUACUCCCGGCCACUACCUCCUCGGCCUUUCCCAUACGCAUACACACGACCUCAAUUCACGAGAAUGUACUUCCCCGGCAAAAACCCAUCCGGAGGGGGUCGCUUCGGCGGCUUUUCGACCUCCUCAACCACACUCUCGUACUUGGCCCCGCCUCCCGACUUUUCCGGCAUUCCACAAGAGGUCGUGGUGCCUUUCAAGAACCUGUUGAAGAAAGCUAGCACUACAAAAGAGAAGGCAUUGCAGGAUAUCCUUUCCUACGUCCAGGGUCUUGGGCCAGACGGCGGGCAAGCCUUAGAAGGAGGACUGAUAGAUGCAUAUGUUGAACUCUACCCCCGACUAUCCAUCGACGACUCUGCUAGAGUACGGGAGCUUUCCCAUCAGGUACUUUUUCACCUCCUCAACGCGGCGAAGAAACGCAUGGCCAAGAAGCUGCCGGCAUUCGUGGGUCCAUGGCUGGCUGGGACCUUCGACAGAGAUAAGCGCGCGCUACGUGCUGCCACCGACGCCUUGAGUUCCUUCCUCCAGACAAAGGAAAAGGAGGAAGCGUUUUGGAAAGCCGUGCAAGCCCGAGCCCUUGACUUCGCGACAGAGGCCAUCAAAGAAACCCCAGAGACACUCAGCGACGAAAGGUCUACUACGAAACAAGAUUCCGACGCGAAAUACCACCGGGCCGUCGGCGCCAGCCUGUGCUUGGCCUUGCAUUUAAUAAGGAAGGGAGACAUUGGCUUGCUCCAGGACGGCUUGGCCGAUUAUUUGGCCGUGGACGCACUUUGGACCCUGUCAAAAGCAGAUGAUGGGUUUGUCCGGAGGGCUUUCUAUCAAUUCCUCCGCGCUCUCCUUGAGAUUAAGCCCGAAAUCCUACAACCCCGACUACAGCAGGUUGGGAAAGCGCUCGUCGCGGACAGCAUGAAGAUCGGCCAGCUCGGAUCGGCAACCGAGCUUUUGAACGUCUUCACGUCCUUGACACAGCGCUUUCCCCAGGUUUGGGGCACCCAAAAGCAUCCUCUACAGAGGUUGCAGCAAUUCGUCGCUCAAGGCUCCCAAGGCGGCGCGGAAGAAUACUGGAAGUCACUGGGUCGUCUCCUUCGGGCCUUUCCGGAGCGCACGGCUUCCCUUGAAGUCGUGACAGCCUUCCUCGGCUCCAUGCGCAGAGGCAUCGCUGACAGGCUCGAGACUCGUUUGGGUCGGUACCAAGCCUUCCAAUCCUAUGCCCAGGUCUUCGAUAUCUUUCUCAGCCAAACACCAUUGCCAUCAAGCUUUCUUGAGGAGAACCUAUCCAACCUCACGCGACAAUAUCUUCAUCCCACUCCCGAGUCUUCCGUACCUUCGCCACAGCGGCCCGAAUUUCUUGUCGAGGCUUGGGCGAUCGUGUCCCAACAUUCCGACGAUAGCAACCGUGACGUACUGACCGAGGAAUGGCAAAAGCUGGGCAACGCCGUCCUUUCUCGCAUGUCCAACGCUCUCCCCGAGGUGUCCGAGGGGUACCGGAAGUCGCAAACCGCCAUUGCUUCGGAAGGAGAGCGCUGGUUUACGCUAGCGGCCAACGUCCUGUCUCGUGAAGGGGGUAACAGCCUGUCGCUAUCCGCCGCAGUCGCUGCAGCUUCGACGGAAAUCUUGCAUGGUGCGCUUGACCUGCUGGCUAGGAGGAACUUCAAACCUUAUGGAGCCGCUGCUGUCGUUCAGUCAGCGUUCAGACACUGUCCUCGUCUCUGCGCUGACAACAACCUGUUGUCGUUGCUGUACCCGCCUGGUGAAACGGUAACAUACGAUGUGAUUGCUGCCUCCCCUUCGCUACCAUAUCUCGCUUCGGAUUUGCACAUCGUCCUGGGGGAGACCAAUAACCGAUUUGGGAGCAUUUGGACUUCGCUUGUUGAGGCAGCCCUUGAGCUCUCUGAUCGCGCAUCGGCGGUUUCGGCAGUGAGAGUGCUCAUCGGGGUACCUUCUGUCGCUACAUACGCUCAAGAUCAUCCCGCUCUUCAGAGCUUCCUUGUCUCUCUCUGGAACGACUAUACCAAAGGCGGAAGUUUGCCUUCCCUGAAGGACAUCUGCGAGGCCACUCUAUCCUACGACACUCUAGCAAAGGAAUCUUGGACGGCGAUUGCGGCUGACAUUAUUUCCUCUUUGGAAGUGCCAGAAACAACCCGGCCAGCUGUCGUUACCCUCGAGCUGACGCUUAGCAAAAGACCCGACCUCUUCCAGGCAAACGAGGACAUGCACCUGCGGCUGGUUACUAGCCUUCUCGCACUGACUGAGCUCUCCGAUGCUGGACUAUCUGACAAAGCAGGAAGGUUAAGGCUGCUGCUCAAUGAGCAACCAACCGGGCAGAACCCCGUCGCUAGAAUACUGGAGAAUCACCUUAGCGAAGCUGGUCCCUCUUCACUCGAGGUCCACACUUUGGUCCAACAAGCCCUGGCAGCUCUCAAGUCCGGGACAGUGCCAGCAGAGGACAUCUUCCCUAGUUCAACAGUGUGGAUGAACGAGCUUACGUGCUUUCUCACGCAGUCUCCAAAUCCAUCCUUGUCCUUGACGAGCAGCAUGGGAGGCGCAUACUUCUUGGUACAAGGGAAUCCGAACGCAGCACCCCCCGUAACCGGUCGGGACAGCAACGGACGCUCGAUCCCCGCCAGGAUGGCUCUGUUCACCGCCAAGCUUCUCGCGUCUGGCGUUCAAUUAUCCUCUGUACCACCAGAGUUCCAACUAGAGCUUGUCUACCUCCUCUGUCUUACCGAAGCUAUCGUUGGAGACCAGGUUUCAUCCGGGCAGACAGGCGGCCUGUGGAGUGAUGGACCAGAAACCGAAGCCGACGUGCAAGAAUUCUGCGACCUUAGCUCGGCGGCAGUCCGCGCCGUCAUUGCGGACUGUGGGGACUGGACAGACUGGAGCAUGGCUGGCAAUUCGUUGGUGGAACGCUUGAUCAACUUCAUGCUUCACGCGAGCACAGGCCUGAGCCCUCCUGCGUUCUACGCCGCCAAAUGUCUGAGUUCCCUUCUUCAACUUCUCGUCCAAACCCAUGGUGGCGCACCCACGGCACUCGAGGAAUGGCUGGUCAAGCUAGGGAUAAUGAGGGCCGCGCCGAACACCACUCUGCUCACGGCUGCCUUCCUUACCGGGUUCGGUGAAUUGCUGGCUUCUUCCAAAGCAACCGCAACGCUAUGUGUCCGUCUCAUCAGUGAGAUGCCGGGCUUCCCUGGGUUCUCUGACCGGUCUCCUCGCGCUCUCCCGUCCCUUGUGUUGCUCAACCUUUGCCUCGAUGUGUAUGAGGGCGAAGUACCGGUCGAGACACGAAAGCAAGUUCUUGCUCUCCAGCAAUUCACAAAAUGGACAACUGUUCCGGCGGAACUAGGGUAUCAACCGGCUGCUGAAAUCUGCAAGGCCAUCGCUCGUAUUCUUCCAGGCACGAAAGACACAUAUGGGUCAUACUGGGAUCAAGCGAUCAAGUACUGUAUCUGGCUAUGGAACAGGGCUACUGAGGAUCCUGCGGUGGAACGGCUACCAUAUCUUUACGCUUCGCUGAAGUUGAUGCAGGCGCUUCGCACCGUCGAGGAGCCCAACGACGAUCUUGAAGAGGCGUUGGCUAGCCACAAGGAGGCGGCAACGGCCUCACUCAUUGAGCUUCUCGGUCUUCCCCACGAGUCAACCGCCAACCAGCCAAACCAGCUUGUCGAUUCGCUCCUUGCACGGACCGUGAGCAAGAUUCCCGAUGUACGACUCGAGGACCUCGAUGAUAUUUACGAAUCUGUGGCUUCUGAAUCUCGGGAAAUACAGCGGGCGGCGUUUGGCUUGCUCCACAAGGCUCUCCCCGCAGCACAGGAGGACAUCAACCUCGCUGUUGUGAUAGACAAGAAAGCGGCCAAUUUACCCGACGAGCUGAUGUCUCUACUCCUCAACGCCCCGAACCCUGACGACUAUACCGAUGAGGACCUUUCUCAGUUCCCAGUUGCCAUCCGUUCAUACUUGCUAGCUUGGCAUCUCGUGUUCGAUGCCUACAGCAAGGCUUCCUUCCGAGUCCGCAGCGACUACACGGACAACCUCAAGGGCGGCCAACACCUCGAUCCCCUACUCCAUUUUCUUGUCGACGUCCUUGGACAUGCCCUCGCGCGAGCGCUUGACCUUGACAGGGAAGGCUUCACGGCAGAGCACAUCGUCUCGUACAGCAUCGACCUUGCGGAGUCAGAACCCGCAGAGCGUGACAUGAACUGGCUGCUGAUCCACCUCUUCUACCUUAUACUCAAGUACAUCCCCGGUUUGUUCAAGAUGUGGUACCUCGAGUGCCCCUCCAAACAGACCAAGAACACUGUCCAAUCGUGGAUGCAGCGGUUCUUCUCGCCGCUCGUCAUUGCGGAUGCCCUCGAUGAGGUGGUCGACUGGUCCUCGAAGCAGGAGAACGUAGACGAGACAGAAGAGGUCGUUGUAAAGGUCAACAAGACCGCGCGGGAAAUCAGCGCCGGGUACCCAGUCGAUGAUGACGCUGCCACUAUCUCGCUACGCGUUCCGAUGUCAUACCCGCUAGAGCCAGUUGAUGUGGUCAGCGUGAAGCGGGUCGCGGUUAAGGAGGACAAAUGGCAGUCAUGGCUGAAGGCGACCAAGGCCGUGAUCAUGUUCGGGAACUUCAGCCUCGUCGACGGCCUGAUGGCCUUCCGCCGCAACAUCUCGCUAGCCCUCAAGGACCAGGAAGAAUGCGCCAUCUGCUAUUCUAUCAUCGCGCAGGACAAGACGCUACCAGACAAGAAGUGCGGGACGUGCAAUCACUUCUUCCACAAGGUAUGCUUGUAUAAGUGGUUCGAGAACAGCGGUCGGAAUACGUGCCCGCUGUGCCGGAAUUCGAUUGACUACCUGGGGUCGGAUACCAAGAGGAGGAGGCCGGAGCAUGAAUAGAGUUGUGGUUGUUGAAUUUGUUAUGGAAGUAUCUCGGGAAGGAAAACUUAGACGUUGCUGCGAAGAGUUUACUUUUUCUUUUUCGUGUACAUAUUGUAGAUAGAGAUGAAUCCGGUACUGGAAAUGUACCGGUAAGCCCCAAGUUAUUUGGCAACCCUGCUUAACUAGUGAUAGGGAUGGAUUUUUGAGUAUGGUUAGUAUGACCAUUAGCGAGCUAAGCCGAGGUUACCUUAUUCCCAG